CAGCCCUCACAGCAUAAGCCCGAGACCUCCACCCCUACAUGCCCGCCCGCGCGCGCCCCUGGACCCGUUAUCCUUCGCAGACCCGCAUGCUUCUCCGCCGUAGUCGCGCUCCCACGCCUGCUCGCGACACCACCGCCGCCUGCUCCUCGAUAGCGCCUCCAGCUCGAGCGCCCGCCGUCGUCGCCCGCGGCCCUCGCCCACCGCCCCGACACGCCCCAUGGAAGCCGCGCGGCAGGCGUGCCGGCCGAAGCAUCAGGUGCUGGUGCGCAAGUGCUACCCCAAGUUCACCAAGAACAGCGUCGAGGUCAAGGCCAAGUCGUCGGAGCUGAGCUACCUGCUGUACUAUGCGAGCACGCGACGGAGCAAGCUGCAGAAGGUCGGCGACUUUCUCGACAAGCGCACCACAGCCGACGUCUGGAAGGUCCGCACGGGGAAUGUGCAGGUCACGCUGCACAUCCUCAAGGCCCUCAUCGAAAAGUGCCCCCGCGACCUGCCCCUCUACGCCGCCGCCGUGCUGCGCUGCCUGCGCACCAUCCUCAAGUCCGACCAUGUCGCCAUGGUCGAGGGCUCCGUGCCCACCUUCGAGGCCCUGUGUGCCCACCAGGACCCCGCCAGCCUCGCCGCCGACCAGGACUACAUCCGCCAGUACGAGGAAAUUGUGCAGCUGUACGCCGACUUCGCCUCCAAGGACACGCUGAAGGUGGGCAAGACACCCGUCACCUGGCCCGUCGCCAUCCGCUUUCGCAAGGCCGGCCUGCACGCCAUCAAGGCUGUCGCCGCCUCGGAAUCGCUCGGCUCCGAGACGGGCCGCCAGCUCGCCGUCAUAAUGCCCGUCAUCCUGCUGAACGUAUACUCCGAGACCGGCGACUACCUCCGCCGCCUCGAGAGCCGCGAGAAUGAAAAGGACGAGCACGAGAGGAGCGAGCAGCUGCGGCGGCGGCAGAGCAUAUCCACCGUGCGGACCGACGAGGACGAGGCCGACCCCAUCGCUGCGUCGGGGACCACCGAGGAGGCGGACAAGAUUGCCGAAGAGGAGGCGGGCAUGAUUGCGCUGGAAGCGUUGCGACACAUCUUUUUGGGCGUCAACCACGGACAACUGCGCCUGGCCACCUCUGCCGUUCUCAAGUUCAUCGGAAGCCACUUGAACUCGCAGGAGCAAGAGAAUGGAAUCGCAAGCUGGGCGACAACGCUCUUGUCCAUGAUCUGCUUGUGGGCGCCGGUCCAGGAUCGAUAUGCCAUCAUGGUCGGCAUCGUCGAAGCGCUCGUACGCAGCCCCAUCCUGGAAGACGACCUCGAACGACAACUGGUACUCGCGACUGUAAUCAACCACCUCCUCAGCUCGACUAUUAAUUUCAUCGGCCUCAGCGUGAACGACGUGUUAAUUGGCCUGAUAUCUCAUACCCUAUUGCUUUUGCAGCUUGGCGGACCUGGGACCUCAGUAAUGCCGCACCACCAACAAGAAACUUCAGUAAUGGAAAAAGACGCAACACCCAACGCUUCUGGGAACCUAGGCGGCGUGGUAAUGGAAGUCGUCAAGGAGCCUUCACAGCUUCGCUUACAGCUACUAAACACUGCCAAACAGUGCAUGGCUAGCCUGGCGGUCCAUGUGUACUACACGGAUCAGAUCUCGGAAAUGGUCUCAGCGAUAUUGACCCGGCUCAAGCCUUUGGGUAUCGCAGGCGCGUCUACCGCCGCAGAUGCGAUAGAGGAUCCUUCUGGCGCUGUCAAGUCGAUUGCAGAUUCCCUCAAAGAGCGCUCGCCGCACGUAGAUCGAUUCUUCUCUUUCGAGACGGCUCGUUUGACAGCGCUGGAGACCGUGAAGAAUAUCAUCAAAACCGCAAAUACUCGGAGACCGGAUGGAUCGUCGGCGUCUGUGCCGCGGGCCUCGGUGAGCGUCAGAGCCUGGGAGGGCACGCAGUGGCUGCUGCGCGAUCCUAGUGGCCAAGUUCGCAAAAGCUAUGUCGACGCCUUGGUAACCUGGUUGACGCUUGAGAAGAAGAAGGAGGACUUGAAGUUUGUCGAUGACUAUCGCAAGAAGGAGAAGGAGAACGACAGGGGCGUGCUUGCGAGGCGAGCUGUGUCCAACGCGUCACAGCGAGAAAACUCUCCCCGGAGAGGAAAGAACACGUUCCUGGCUCUGCUGCACCUCGCAGUCUACGAAAAUGCCCUGCAAUUCGUCGACUCGGAGCCGGACUUGUUGUUGCUUCAGCUGCUACUUACCACGCUGGUGAACAAACUCGGGGUCAAUGCUAUUCGGACGGGUCUGCCCAUGAUUCUGCGGCUACAAGAAGACAUCGCGACCAUCGAAAACCCUGGCGCAAAAGUACGGAUAGGCAGUCUGGUGCAUGGCUAUCUGUGGGCUCUCAGCAUCGCGAUGGACUUUGAGACCUCCACGGUCGGCAGAAUUAUCCAUUCCGAGAUUUCGAGGCGAAACGAGAAGGGCCUGUGGGUUAAGAGCAUCCGCGUUCCACCAAUGCCUAUUGACCGGAUCGAAACUCCCCACGCAGAGCCGGUAAAGCUGCCAGCUGACCUCGUCCAAACUGAAGCCCUCAAGCCAUUCGACAACCGCGAUGCACUCGUCGACAAGAUUGCAGAUGGCUACGCCGACUCUCUACGCUCUCCGCCGUCCAGCCCGCCUGCCUCACCUGGUCGCCCCCGCUCAUCGUCUGGGGCGGGUCGCUCCAUGUCGAUAGCAAUGACUGCACCUGCGACGCUCGCACCUCCCCUCAUGCUUUCGUACAAAGUCAAGGAAGAUCUGCUGGCCGAUUGGAGUAAGGAGACUUGUCUCGCAACGAAUACCACGGACCCUUCGUCGGCUUCCAUGACAGGCUCACGAACAGCGAAGAGCAACUAUCUCGGCGUGACUAUCCCCAAUGGCAACCUCGACAGCGCGACAAACUCUCCCGUACCUUCCCCACGACGUGCUCACAGCCGACCUCCCUCCAUGGCAUACGGCCUCGUCGGACGCGUCGCCUCUCCCCACCGACACCACAGCCCCUCCCGAACCCCUGAUAACAAUUCAUCCGUCCGCUCCACCGUGCGCGUCGAUGACCUCAAGCGUGUGCUAUCCGGCUCUGCCCCACGCACCUCGUACUCCACGCGCGCCCCUAGCCACCGCAACCACACCUCCUCCGUCGACUCCUCCGCGUCCGAGUCACUGGUUAGCGUCCAUAGCCUCUCCGAUGCUUCCUUCGUCACCGCAGACCACAGCGCCGCCCAGCAGCCCGUCAACCAGCCCUCUCCCAUACCAGCUGCGACUACGGUGACGCGCCCACCGUCUACCACCGGUGCACCCGCAUCUCCGCCUUCGCCGAACAACGCGCACACUGCCCGCGCUCGCGCAUACAGCAGAGAUGCUGUCCCGCCCGUCCCGCCCAUCCCAGAUUCCCUGCGCGACAAGAGUCUCAGUCCUGCAGCCGACAGGCCGAAAACAGCGCCGGGGCCGGCGAAUGGGGGUGUUGAUGUACGGAAGAGCCGGAGCGUGCGUACGAGUGCGGGGAAGAGUGUGAAAGACAGGAGUGCGAGUAGAGGUAGGGGAGGCGCAAAUGGAUUUGUUAAUGGAAGUGGGAGUAGAAAGGUGGGGAAGCCGGAUUUUAGUGGCUUUUUGGAUAGUAUUGAUGUUGAUGGGGACCAGGACGAAGGGAGUGUGGGGAGGGCGCCAUAUUAGGGGAGGGAUGUUGGAUGGGGAGGAGUAUGUGCGAGUCGGGGGUUUGGACGCUGUGUUGAUGGGUGUGAGACCAGGAGAGAGAAUCUGAGUGGAAGAGAGUAGGAUGAAGGAUACGUUUAUUUUUAUUGUUCGAUUUGAAAAUGUACAUAUAGCGACAUUGUCUGUGGUGGCGGUAAUCUGCGCCGACACGAUACGGUGUUUUAUCUUGUCUUGUAGUUGAAUGGCACCGAACAUGUGAAACGCAA